AUGAAUAUUCGUAAUUGGUUGCAGGAGUUUGAAGAGAUGGCCGAACUGUGCGAUUGGACUGAUGUCCAGAAGAUCAUUUAUGCCAAAAGACAAUUACGUAGUUCAGCAAAAAUGUUUGUGUUGGAAUAUAUCGAUGAAUGGUGUAAGUUGUGUGAUGAGGAAAUAAAUAAGACUGUAUUGUAUGGUGCCAAAAAUGUGCGUGAGUUAAAAGAAAACUUUACACUAUAUGAGAUGAUGAAAGAGAAUAUGAUAGCGAAGGGUAAGCUGGUUGAAGAGAAGCUAAAGAAAUCGUCAGUUCGCAAUGAAACAGAGCAGAAGGCUGUGCGACGUUACUAUCUGUGUGGGGACUGGAAUUACUUGACUGUCCUAUGA